CGCCGUUUGGCUCGAUCCGGUUCGCUCGUGGUGGAAAGGACGCAUCGAGGCUCGGGAUGUUUCUUACUCGAGUACUGUUUCGAAACAGAAUUCCUGGAAAACAAUGGAUUGGUAAACACAGACGGCCAAGAUUCGUUAGUCCUUUAAUGAAGGCAAAUAUGAUUAGGAGACUUGAAAUUGAAGCUGAAAAUGAAUAUUGGCUAAGUUGUUCGUAUAUGACAAAAGAGCAGGAGUAUCGCCACGAUGAAGAAAAUGUAUUUGCAUUAAAGCAGCAAAAAAUAGCUGAACAGAAAGCAAAGUUUCCUGAACACAAGUAUGCUUCAGAAUAUCUGAAGCACCUUAACAUCUCCAAGAGAUGGGCAGAUUCCUGAUAUGUGUCCUUUGCCAUUCUAAUGGAUUUUAUGGAUUCAGUGGGCUUGCUUUUGGGGACAAUGAAACAGUGCCACAAAGUCAAUAAAUAUAUUCUUAUUUUCAAUCAGCUAUUGGCUUCAUAAAUACAAAAGCUUUUCUACUAAUAUGCACGCUUUUUUUUCCUUUCAGGGUUUAGUACUAUUGUUAUAAAAAGGAUUUGAGCUCUUUUUCUUAAGAAAAAUAUUAGUGAUGCAUUAACCUACCCUUAUGUUUAACCUACCUAUUCAGUUAACCUACCUAUCCCUAAAAGCUGACUUUGCCUCCUGCUAUUUCCCAUCCCUCUAUCCCCUGGAAACUAAACCAUGUAUCUACCUUUGCAUUCAGAGGCAAACCCCACAAAAACCUUAAUAUGUUCUCAGCAAAGAGAACAUUCCCACUUCAUCCAUUUUACAGUAUACUAUAUAGCAAUGGUUCUCAAUCUGUGAUGUUAUCACAGAGGAUCUGCGAAGGCUUCAAGAAAUGUUACGAUUUAACUCUUAAAUCUUGAGAAUCUGGCCACAAAGAGUAUUUAAAGGGUGUGGAGUGAAGAACCAUUGGUAUAAAAUCAAGCUUGCUGUUUGGAAGAAAUUUUGAUUUAGGAUAGUCGCCCGAUUGAAAGAGUUUUUAAUGGAUGGUUCAAGCAAGUGUAGAUAGUUGCCAGUGGUACAGGCUCAGUUAACAUCUUAUUUAGAGUAUGUUAAGGUUGCCCUUGAAAUGUGUUAGGAAUAGAAAAGAAUAGAAAAGACACCAAAUAAUUUUAAGAUUUUAAUCAUCAAUUAAUGAGUGUUGUCUUAAUUGAAUUAAGUGGAAGAGAUUUGCUUUUAAGAAUCCCCAGACAGUGCAUAAAAUGACUGAGACAUUUUCCAUUUCAAUAGAGGCUAAAUGCAUUUUAAUGCCUUUCCUCUUUUUAUGUCCCUACUCAUUUAUGAUAAUACAAAAUAAAUAACAGAUCAAAAUAUAGCAGAAAGCCUGUUCCCAAGUUAUUUAUUUUCUUAUGCAUUCAUUAUGUCAUAACACAUUAAUGUAUCAUCAAUUUGGCAAAGGAGGGCUUAAAGAUUAUGCUUUUUAAAAACAAGUUAUAAUUAAGACAUGAUCUCUACUUUGAUAUACAAAAGUCAAACAUGACUGAAAAUUAAUUACACUGGUGGAAAAUAUACGUGAAGAUAUUACAAGGUGCAGUUAAAAAUAAGAAAAUUUCAGGCAAAGUGAUCUCUCUUACAUAGUUCAUUUAUAAAAGCCCAUUUAAAAAGUCUUUAUUAAAUUAUUAGUGGCAAUAUGCUUUUUCUGUGCAUAGGAAUACUAUCUGCAACAUAAAGAACAGAUGCAUCAUUCACAUUAUGUAUCCUCUUAAGUAUCCUCAUACCAUUUUAGAUUUGAAUAGUUGCAAGCCUACUACUAGAACAGAGAUAAGUAAAAUAUCUGCAUACACUUUGUCAUAAUAACAGUGCAAUAUAUCUGAUGUACCCACUGGUAUAUAGCACAGGUUGUGGCAAUUUUAGCCAAACUAUGAAUGCCAUUCUUAUGGCCAUUAAUUUAUACUGGGGGGAAAUGACAUAGUGGAUAGCACGUCCAUAAUACCCUAUAAUGUGCAGCCUUGAGCCAUAUAGUAGUUACGUUCACAAAAUAAGUAGAGCUUCCAGGUAAAUACAUUUAGGAUUAAGGUAAAAGACCACAAUCCUUAAACCACUUUCUGAAGCUUCCUUCAUUAAUUUAAGAAUCCUGGGAGUUAUUAGGAUUGCAGUAGAAUAUAAGAUGUCUAAUAGUUUAUCAGUUCUUUGGUACCAGGAAACAAAAAUGCUAUCUCAACAUAUGAUCAAAAUAUGAGCCAUUAAUUGCUAUUCAAUCUUCCAAAAUACAUUUUCAGUAAUUUAUUUUGUAAACAUGGACAGUCUCAUUCUAUUACAAUUUUCAAGUAUAAUCUGGAAAAUACACAUUGGAUUUUAAGACUAAACCUGCUUUUAUAAUACAGGUGUAUAAGAUACAUUUUUGGUAGCUAUGAUCUAAAUGAAAUUGUAUAUUGUAAAUAGUGUCAUUUACAUUGCUUAGACCAUGUCGCUACAUUAAUAGAAAAUUACAAAAAUAACUGCUAGGACAUUUCUCCAACACAGGAUGCCAGAGAUCUGUUUAAUCAAGUGCUGUUUUUAAGCCUUUUCUAUUAAUUACAAUUCCUUGGAAUAAGAAAUCGUAAUUACUAGAAAAUACUUGUCUUAUUUAAAACUGCAGCAUAAAAUCUAAUUUAUAAUAGCAGCCAGUAAAUCAAGUCGUAUGUUUGUAGAACUAAACUUAAACAAUAAUUGGGAAGGGACUUCCUAAGGCAACCAAGAAUCUAUGCUUACAAUAUGCAAGCUAUAAUUCUCCAAAUGAAUGUACAUAAAAUGUUUCCAAUUAUACCAUUACACGUUAAUUAGCAAAAUGCUUUGAUAAAGCACUUAAAUAAAAUCUACACAUCUUCCAAUAUAAUCAGCAUGAAAUAUCAUACUCUUUGGUAUAAUUUAAUAAGAUAGUCUACCUGUUAGUUACAGUUCAGUAUUAUAAACACUUUUGUUUCUGACCCAACAUAUAGUUGGUUUCACUAGUCACUGUUGGAAUUUUUUCAGUGGCUUAAUGAUUGCAAUAAUAUUGCCAGCAUAGUUUUAAAUUUACUCCUAAUUAUUACUAGAAAUCCAAUGCCAAACAAAUAAGCGCAUGUAUAUUUUUAUAUAUACUUUACUCAGACAACCCUGUUAUCCAUUUUCACUGAUGCAUUUGAAUUUUUACUUAUCUUUUAAGAAAACUUUUGCUGUAGUCAAGUUAUUGGUGUAAUGGUACAUGGGAAUGACUUUGGGAGAUGGGAAGAGCCACAGCCAGGGAAAUGGUUGGACAAAAGCCAGCUUAGCCUAUGGGAGCAAUGUGAGUAUGGCAAAUAUCUCAGAAGGGACCCUCUUUUCUAGUUUCCUGGAGGAAAAAGGCAACAGCAGAGACAUACACUUUUAGAGCUGCAAGAUUGAUGUCAGCAUUGCAAGAUAGUCCAGGAAGGAAGCACACCCAGAUGAGCUAAAUGUAAACCUCAUAAGGAUGGCAUUAGGCUUGCAAAAUAUAUUUCUCCCUUGUCAUCUUUAAGGUCCAAGAAACUACAGAGGGUCCCUUCUGAGACUGCCACAUCCACACUGCUUCCAUGGUCUAAACUGCUGUUUAUCCAACUGUUCCCCCAGCUGUGGCUCUUCCCCUGUCUCCCAAGAUCCUUCCCAUAUCAUUACAAUUAGCUUGCAAUAACUGAUCUUUCCUACGUACCAAAUAAUUUAAGGGAUAAUGUAUUUGCUGUAGCUUGUAGUGGAUUUGCAGAAUUUGUACUGUGCUCUUAACAGUCUGACUUCCU